AGGCCCCGCGGGCUCGAGCCAGUCCCAAACCGCCGGUCGGGGCCGGGAUGUGUUGCGGACGCCCGGAGGCGGCGGCGUUGUGCGGCCGCCGCUGGGGCCAGGCUGCCGCGGCCGCAUGCUCGCCUACCGGCCGGGCGCGGAGGAGGAGGAACAGGUGAUCCACCGGGUGCGCAGCCUGCUGAACCUUCGCAUCGUGUCGGCCAAGGAGACCCGGGCGGCUCCGCCAAGAGGCUCACCCCAGGGCAGCCAGGCCACGGCGCGACCUCCCUCGACAGCUCCGCGAAGGCGGCACGUUGGAAGAAGCUCUUCCUGUCGUACGACAAGGACAAGAGCGGAACCAUAACGUUCAAGGAGAGCUGCGGAGCCUCAUCCGGAAUUGCCUGCACCUCAGUGAGGGCUCCUGCACCGACAGCGAGCUCAAGCUGGUCUUUGCAAAACUGGACCGACGAGGACGGCAGCGGCGCCAUCGAGUUCGACGAGUUCUGCACCUUUGUGCAGGCCAGGAAGCAGGCGUCGAAUGAGGUGCCGUCCUCCGUAGGCCGCGCCAUUCGGCUCGCCAUGGCCCGGGAGAAGGUGAGAAGCGAGGCCGAGCUUAGGGAGCUCUUCGCCAAGUCGGAUCUAGACAACGACAACAACAUGUCGGUCUACGAGCUCAGCCGCUUCUUCAGGGAGGUGCUGCGGCUGAGCCAGCACGAGGUGAGCGAGUUCCACAUCAAGAAGCUCUUCAAGGUGCUUGACGCGGACCUCACUGGGAGCAUUAACCAAGACGAGUUCCUGCUGUGGAUCCAGAAGAACGUGGACCUCAGCAGGGGCGCGGCGGGCUUCGUGAGCUCCCGCUUCGGAGGCUCCGCGGCGAUGACGCCCGCCGCCACGAUGCGCACCGCGGGCGGCGGCUUCGGGCAUACAUUCACCGAAACCGGCAGGUUGCCGUCCUUGUCGGGCCCCCCGGGCUCCGCUCCCGGAGUGGGCCGGCCGGCGCCAGGCCUGGCGCCCGCCGAGGCCCGCCGCCCCAGCUCCACGCCGCCGGUGCAGGCGCACGUGGCGCCGGGGGGCCAGGACAUACCUGAGCAUCCCCGGCGCGGAGCGGCUGAACCACGUGGAGCAGCGGCUGUUCGAAGCGGGUUUCGACGUGCGUGGCGACUUCUUCAAAGUGUCCGAGCAGCCAGAGGGCGCAUCCCUCUCGCGCACCGGCCUGCUCCGCAGCACAUCGGGCUCCGCGUUCCCGGGCCGCAGGUGACGCCUCCGCAACCGCUCCCCGCGUGGGCGCGGCGCGGAGCCCAUCGCGCGCGCGACGAGCCGCGGGGCCACCGGAGUACCCCCUCCCUCGGGACCCUUGCCCCCAUCGAUUGUCCUCUAUCCUCCUCCCCCUUCCUCCCCGCUUGUGCUCUCCGAGGCACGGCCAGUCUCACCCGUGCGCUUUGUCCACUGCUGUAGGCGCGGUCACGCCUCCCCCCUUCGGUGAUGCCAGGCCGCCGAUUCUCCGCUCCGCCAGCUGCUCGCCCAAGUCGCGCAGACUGGGGAGACUGUUCCCCCCCGGUAGCGCUCGCAUGCCGCUGCGUGGAGAAGGAGUGCCGGCGCGUGCGGGGCAGGAAGGAGUCGGGGCGCGCGCAGCGGGGUUCAGCGCAGACGGGGCUCGGCCAGAAAGUUGGACCCUGCAGGAUCCUGCAAAGCCUGAGUUUGGCCGAGCCGUAGUUGGGCGCCGCUCG